AUGCAGCUCCUGCCUCUGCUCGCCUGGGCGCUGCUGCCAGGCUGCGGGGCAGUGACGGGGCCCCAAACCGUGCGGGGCUCCCUGGGGGAUUCCCUCUCGGUCACCUGCAAGUACCGGCCUGGCUGGGAGAAGUUGCCCAAAUUCUGGUGCACACCAAGUACCGGGAUUUUUUAUACCUGUGCUGAGGACAUCGUCAUCACCUCGGAGUCGCAGCCCGAGGUGGUGCGGGGCCGCUUCUCCAUCCGGGACAACCUCACACACCGGGCAUUCACGGUGACCAUGGAUGAUCUGUCCGAGGAGGACGCGGGCACCUUCCGCUGUGGGGUGCGAACGGGAACAUUUUCGCGUGACGAGAGCGCUGAUGUGAAGGUGGUUCCCCCAAUAUCAACAGUGACCCCCACGUCGCGGGACUGGGAACAGAAUGCGGGAGGAGGUUUCACCCGGACAGGAGCACGGGGCCCGUCUGGAACCAGCUCCAUCCAUCCUUCCCCCGCGUCUGCAGCCCCGACGCUCUCCCCGGACGCUCCUCAGGAGACCCGCGGCUCUUUCCGCUAUUUCCCAGCGCUGGCCGGGCUGCAGCUGCUGGCGCUGCUGGCCAUGAGCGCGGCCGUGCUCUGGGUCAGCGUGCGGGGCCGCUGA